AUGGCGGACCUAUCACCACCAACUUCGAUGUUUGCUUUCCUUACCAACUUGUUAACACCGACCUUACUCUUCCUCUUCCUCAAUAUUAUGAUUGUCACUAUUGCUCUGGCUUCUCGUUUUGGUUCUCACAAUAAACCAGUACAAGAAGACCAACCCCUUGCUCCACCCCCUUCUCUCUUACAACGAGUCAAGUCCAUCGACUACUUCUCCUCCUUCUACAAAUUCCCACCUGCCCAAGAACCCGAAUACACUACCUCUAUCCGGCAACAUGAUCUGCCCCACCUCGAACAAGCCCCUUCUCUUAUACAACGGGUCAAGUCCAUCAACUUCUCUUCUUUAUACUACAGGUCCGAACCGGAAGAAACAAGCCAAAGUCCCGCUACUGAAACUGGUUCGGAUGCCGAUCCGGCUACAGGUCAUGAUUCGGGCAAUGUCAUGGAGAAUGAUGAUCAUCAUGUGAAGAGGAGCAAGUCGGAGCACAUGGAAGCAGCUACAAAGAGGCCGCAGAUAAUGAAGAAGUCGGCAAGCGAAAAGGGGGUGACCUUGGAAUUAGCGGGGGAGGUGGAGAGAGAGAAGGUUGAAAGAAGAAGGCCUGCAACGACAAGGACUUCAGAGAAAACAGUGUUGAUUGGAGAUGAAGGGGUUGAUGCUAAAGCUGAUGAUUUUAUCAGCAGGUUCAAACAACAAUUGAAGUUGCAGAGGCUGGAUUCUCUCUUGCGUUACAAGGAGAUGCUCAAAGGAAAGCAAAAAAUAUAA